UUCAGCCAUCAUCUAGUUAGCCAUGAAAUAUAUAUAAUCUGGAAAAUUACAAAGGGACUAGAACUCAGAGUGUUCACAUUGUAGUCAAGCACUUUAUUUACUUUGUUGAAGUUCCUGAAAUAAAUAAAUUGAACGAGCACUAUGAAGGCAUUUAAAGCCAACUCCAAAUUGUUAUUGUCGGGCUCUUGCACUCUCAGCGACGAUGAGCUGGCUGAGCAAUAUAAUUUGGAUAAGCUUAGCGAUGAGGAAUUGGCCUCGGUGAACUUGGACCGCAAAUCCCUAAUUAACGACUAUCGUUAUUUGCAUGAAUUGUCAGAGCAGAAGAAGACAGUCAAGGAACCGGAAUUGGAGCUAAAUUGUCUGAGUGAAAACGACUUUCUUCGUGAGCGAUCAAUCAAGGAGUUAAUCGAUAAGCAUCGAUCAAUUUGCAAGCCUGAUCAGGAAUACACGAUGACCAAGAUGCCAUUUGGCUUAUCAAAACUUGUGAAAGUUGAAGACAUGCCAGCUUCCGCCAAUGUACCGAAAUACCCGUUUAAAUUCAACGAUUAUGGUCAUUGUUUCCUUAUAAACUACGUCCACAAGGUGGUCAUGGUUGACUACUCGCGACUCUUUCAAACGAUGACAAUUCUAGACACUAACAAGUUACAAACUGCCAGUGUCUAUACACCUGGACUGUUGUGGACAAAAUGUAAAGAAAAUAACAACUUGGAAUAAAUGUUAAUUUUCUAUACCGUU